ACGUCAUGACGUCGUAGCGCGUCAGUGCGGAAGUUCAGGGUUGAGGUUGGAGUUGAGAGGUUCCGACUCUGAGAGAGCGAUAUUGAACACUAAUAGUAGCUCAUUAGCUGUCAGCACGACUGAAACAUGUCAGGAGACAAAGACGAGGGAGAGACUGCACUACCUUGUGUUCUAAUAACAAGCUGUGAGCCUGGGUUUAAGGAAGAGGAGCUUGUCAGGCAGAUCUUGGGUGCAUCAUCAUUACCAGAACCCACUAAAAAGGAAGAUGUAGUGGUUUGGUAUCCAUGGACAAUCAACAACAAAUACUACACUGCGAAUGUCAGCCUUUGUGUUGUGCCAAGUCCGUUCAACAUGAAUUCAGAGGUUGCCCAAUCCACGCAGGCUUUCAUUGUCUACUUUGACAGUAAAAGUAAAGAUGGCCUUACUGCUGUCACUCCAUGGGUUGCCCUGGUGGAGGAACUGGCUCCUGAGGUGCUCAUCUUGGUGUGUGACCAUGUUUGUGAAAAUGGUGUAACCAGACAGGAAGCUCAGCAGUGGUGCCUGGCUCAUGCAUUUGAACUGGUGGAGCUCAACCCUGAGGAGCUGCCUGAUGAAGAUGAUGACUUUCCAGAGUCGACAGGAGUGAAGAGGAUCAUUCAGGCUCUCAAUGCUAAUGUGUGGUCCAGUGUUGAGAUGAAGGAUGAACACAAUCAGGGAUUUGGUCUGAUGAGCAGUUUGGUUGCAUCUCGGCACAACAACCCACGAUCUAUAGGAGAAACACAGUGCCAGUCUAGCAGUGCAGAAGAGAACACAGAUGGACAGAAGACAGGAAGCUGUCAGAACAGUACAGAGGAGGUGGACCCAAUAGUAGACCCGAUGACUGACAUGGACAUUCAGGAGCUGGCCAACCUCACAGCUGGAGAUGCAGAUGUGGACAACUUUGAGCGUCUCUUUACUAAACUGAAAGAGAUGAAAGACAAAGCUUCUUCAUUGCCACACGAGCAAAGGAAGGUGCACGCCGAAAAGGUAGCCAAAGCAUUUUGGAUGGCAAUCGGCGGGGACCAGGACGAGAUUGAUGGUUUGUCUUCAGGGGAGGAGAGCUAAAGCAGUAUUCCAUUCCCCAGCACCAGUUUGUUGCCCAUAAUCCUCCAGCACUGCCGUGUGAUUUGCAGCCUGAGUCUUGGGCACCGGGUUGUGGCAUCAAGAAAUAUGUGUGGGCAAGAUGGGGAAAGAGAGGCCGAGAGGUUCCUCAUGCUACUCUGGUUAUUCCUCUCUCCAACACCAGCACCUCAGUACCCGAGUGCACAGCCAAUAUGGGCUGCUGGCUUUUAAACACUAUAAUCUAAGUUGGAUGGGAGAGGGUGCGGCAGCCAAGAGAUUACCCAAAACUACUCUGGAGUGGGUCUAAACCAAGAUCUGUAAAUCCAUCCACGUAUUGCAUUGUUGCCCUUGAAGUGUGUUUGUAUGUGUGUGUACAAGCUAUCUUUUGUUAUGAGAGCAGAAGGUGUUUACUAUUUUUUGUCCAGAAUAUAGAAGGUCAUAAUUAUGGAAAAAACACUGUGGUUGGUUGUGGCCAUUCAAAUAAUUUGUCAAAAUAACCUUGCAUUUUUAUAGUCACAAUCUGACCAAGAUGCACUAUUAAUAAUUAACAUUUCUGACAUAUUCAUUUCAUUCAUCUAUUCAUUAAAUUGUCUUUGUCUCCAUAACAAAUAU